CCCUCUCUCCAGCCUCGAGUUUUCUGGUUUUGCUGGUCUCCAGCACAGGUGCAAUUUGAGCAGACACAGUCUCUUCCAGUUAUGAGAUACAGAUCCAAGACUGAAGGCCCAGAAGUUUUGGUGCAGAGAAAAACCUGGAAUGGCUCCUGCCAACGAAUGAAGUGAAGGGGGGACUGAGUGUUGCUAUCCUGGGGCCCACCUUUCCAGACUUGGCAAGGAACGUGAACAGGAACAUCAGCAGCCUGUCUCUGAUAUUUGUGGGCCGCGCCUCUGGGUUCUUGUGUGGCAGCAUGAUUGGCGGGGUUCUCUUUGACCACAUGAAUCAGUUCUUUCUUUUGGGAGCGUCGAUGGUGGCAACUGCAGUGGGCCUUUAUCUCAUCCCGUUCUGCAAGACAGUAGUCUUGCUGAUCACCACCAUGUGUGUCUUUGGAGCUUCUGUUGGUGUUUUGGAUACGGGUGCAAAUGUCCUCAUCUUGGCUCUUUGGGGGGACAAAGGAGCCCCACACAUGCAGGCCUUGCACUUCAGUUUUGCCUUGGGUGCUGUUCUGGCUCCCCUGCUGGCUAAGUUGGCUUGGGAUACCACAGCAUCUGCUCAGAACCACACCGAGUCUGACUUUGACCCUCUAAUGCUGAACCGAUCCUCCAAAGCCUCCUCAGACUCUGUGUUCGCGGUACCCGAUGACAUGAAUCUGCUGUGGGCAUAUGCUUCUAUUGGCACCUAUAUUUUAGUAGUUUCUGUCUUUCUGUUUGGCCUGUUUUGUAAGAAAAGCUCAAAGCAGAAAAAGUCCUCAGCAUCUGCUCAGGGAGCUCGAAGGGCUAAAUAUCACAGGGCCCUGCUAUGCCUCCUCUUCCUCUUCUUCUUCUUCUAUGUGGGAGCCGAGGUGACCUACGGCUCUUAUGUAUUCUCUUUCGCCACCACCCAUGUUGGCAUGGAAGAGAGCGAGGCAGCUGGCUUGAACUCCAUCUUCUGGGGGACCUUUGCAGCCUGCAGGGGUCUGGCCAUCUUCUUUGCGACAUUCUUAAAGCCUGCAACCAUGAUUGUUCUGAGCAACAUUGGCAGCCUGGCCUCGUCUUUCUUUCUGGUGCUUUUUGAUAAGAAUUCUCUCUGUCUCUGGAUCGCAACGUCUGUGUAUGGAGCCUCCAUGGCAACCACGUUUCCCAGCGGCAUCUCCUGGAUUGAGCAAUAUACCACCUUAACUGGGAAGUCCGCGGCAUUCUUUGUAAUUGGUGCUUCUCUGGGAGACAUGGCCAUUCCUGCAGUCAUCGGAAUUCUUCAAGAAUACUACCCAGAUCUGCCAGUGGUUCUCUACACAUGUCUGGGCUCAGCCAUAUUCACGGCUGUUUUAUUUCCUGUGAUGUAUAAAUUAGCCACCUUACCCCUGCAACGCCAGCACAAAGGAAGAAGGAAGAGCGAGGACCAGAAAGCUUUGCCUACUAGUUCUAGGCUGUGAGGAAGAGACUACACAAGAACAUUUUUUUUUUUUUUAAAAAGGUAAUGAAACAGACUUUGAAGUUGUAGUAGUGUCCACGAGGCCAUGUGUGAUGGAGACAUCUGGAAACGUCGUGUUGGAGCCCACAAAAGGGCCUUUCUACUGAGUUCUCUGCAGUUAGUAAAGGCAAUCCCCCUGCAACACACCUGGACAAAAGGGACACAUGCUGAGAUCGAGAGAGGGUGAGCCACUUAGCAACUUUACAAAUAGCAAGUUCAAUCAACUGGAAAGUGAAGAUUUUCCAAAACCUAUUGGUAACCCAACUUUCUGGGCCUAUUUGGAGAGAAUGCUAGAAAAUUUAGAAAUGUUCUGUGAUACUCAGUCCUCCAUAAACUACCAAAUGGUCUCAACUAGUAAGAUCUCACUAGAAGACUCCUGUUUUUGCAGAUGAAUAAUUAGGUAGCAUUUGUGGUCCCCGUCCUUCUGAGCCUAUGAAGAAGGCAGAGGAGGUUGGGAAGCUGUGGGGACUCUGUGUCACAAUCAGAUGAGUUUUCUCGGCAGUGACCACCCACUCACACUCCACCAAGUGUUAGCGUAAUCUUUCUCCUAAGAGGCCGAUGUUCUAUAACUACUGUAGACCUGGGUCACAGCCUGCCAAGACAACAUGGUCCUCCUGGAGGCUGAGUGUAGCCUCUAGGUCACAUAAGGUCUGAAGAUAAGAUGAUUCCCAAACUAAAAAGCUAUGCAUCAUAAAGUUUUUGUAAGAUGUCUCCUAGAAACUAACGUAGCCUCUAACCUACUCUUCACUGCAAAUGUAAAAUGAAACAAAGAUGAUAAAAACCUUAAUUGACAAUUUGAUACUGAUCACAUGCGCCAUUUAAUGUGCUUAAUGUUUAAUACUCUUAAGAAAUAUACUAUUUCAGUGCAGACUUGAAUGCUAAGAUGGAUGGAUUCCUACUUUUACACAUCUGAAAUCAGGAUAUACCUUACAAUAAACAAUCGUUUAAAAUUGGGACAAA